UGCCCACGAACGCAGUCGACGCUACGCAAAGCUCUCCUCGUGUUCAAUCGUAAAUAAACCUUAAAGUAAAACCAUAAGAUUCAAAACCAUAUAACCGCCUCUCCAUCGAAACUUACACUAAUGCAAUUCAGCCACCGCAUUCAAUAUUAACCAUUAUUUACAUGGUUUUGAGUCGAAAAUAGAUUGUGAUAAAAGUUGAGCUUAACUGAACUUUUUGCCUUAGCAGGUAAAAAUAUCUUGGGGCUCACUUCAACUCAGUGAAGACGCGUCGCGGUACCACUCGAACGUGUUUGCAACUAAUUAAAAGUUACUUUAGUGUUUUCUACUAUAUUGAACAUUGGAAAAGUGAAAUAAUCUGUCAAAAUGUGCGACGUAAUUUGUUGUGAUCUGUGUUGCGGCCGAUAAGCCAAUCGCAAAAUGUGUGUGAUUCUGAGAAAAGAAGGAGUUGGUUUCGUGCAGAAUGGUUUUGGAGUGAUCUAAAACAGGAUUUUCGAUUUAUGUUGAGCGGUCAUCCGUGAGAUGUCGCUAGCGGACGUGACGUCAGCGCGCAGCUCGCCUGCGCCUGACGCGUGUCCAGAGUGCGACACUAGCGCCUCCGUCACAUCCGACUUGCAUAAGUACCAAGUGGCCUGUACGUGCAAGCCGUCGUCCGCGCAGUAUGCGUGUGCCGACGACCCGGGCCCCGCGCCCCCCGCUAAGACCGACACGCCCCCCGCGCUGCCCCCGCGGCCCCCUACCAGCGUAUUGGCCGCUACCAACAGAAGAAACAACACGGCAGUCGGCUGCAACAACGACACCAGCUGUCGCCGGCGCAAGUAUGCGUGGUGGUGCGUGGGCUGCGGCGCCCUGGCCGCGGCGUUGGGCGGGCUGCUGGCCGCCCAGCAUAUACUGCUGAGGGCUUAUACCGCGUCCCCUCAGCAUCUGGAGACGGUGCCGGCUGCUGUGCCUGCUGCUAUGUUGGUGUUGACCGGCGUGUGUAUCAUGAGUUUGGCGCGCCGCAGCAACCGGUACAGCUAUAUGGUAAGAAAAAUCAAAGUGGUAGGCGUGUGCUGCAUCGUGUGCGCUCUGACAUGCGUUCUCGUCACCAUCACAACCACCGUCAUACAUAUGAACAAGCUACAAACGCUGAAGUUCUGCGAAUACACCAAGCUGACUCGGACCUGCACCUGCUUCUCGAUGCCUGACGGGCAGCACGACGGCGAUGAUGAAGGCAUCCGCUGCGUCUUCGAAGGCAUGUCGAGCUGCGACGUGGUCCACGGAGCGCUGUACUGGUGCCUUCGCGGCGUCUUCGCGCUGUCUGUCAGCGCCGUGCUCGUCUGCAUCUUCAGCUGCAUGCUGGCCUACCAGCUGCUGAGCCACGAACGCAAGAAGAUGUACUGGGAGCAGUUAGAGCUUCGCUGCAGAUCAUUGUACCGUCCACCAGCCGGACAGGCCACACCAGCUCAGGGAAGACAGGUCCAGAGCAACUGUAGCUGCUGCGCGCAGUGCCACCCGUCGCAGCCGGCCUGGGACAUCAGUCUGCAGCACCGCUUCUGGCAGCCAGGUCGCGCAGGGAACCUCUACUCGCCCAACCCUGGUGCCGGGCGGAAGGCGUCUGCCUGGAGCUGGUUUCCUUGGCCGAGGAGUAACAGCCAGAACUCCCGCUGCCGUAUGGGCGGCGUACCCCAAUCUGGCGACAGCGCAUACGGCUUCUGCGAUACCGACCCUGCCCCGUCGUCGAACCCGCAACCUUACGACGACCGCUCCUAUCCCCCCAACUUGAGAGCCCAAGCGGGGUUCAACCAGAACCAACAGUUUGCGACCAGUCAGCAGUUUGCCACAAGUCAGCAGUUCGCACAGAGCCAGCAAUUCCAAGGUUCGAUGCAAGAGGGCUUUGGAGAAGCCAGCGGCAGUUUUGAUGCACAAACUGGGUUGUGGGGACCUCCUCCGCCGUAUAGUCCUCAGGGAAGAAGUGGUAGCAGACAUCACCUUCAUCAUCAAGACCCUGCAGCGGCCACUCUACUUCAUCACCACCACAUAGACGUCCACCGCAACUCCAUGCCCAUACACGACCAUACAAAUAUGCCCAUGCAACCCCAUACAUGCGCCCGCAACUCAUAUCUCAUGCACGGCAACAUGCCACAGAGCAUGUCCGAACUAACCCGGCUAAAUCCCGAACUAAAUCGAUUAAAUCCAGACUUGAAUCGCUUAAAUCCGGAUUUGAAUCGGUUAAAUCCGGACUUGAAUAGAUUAAAUCCGGACUUGAAUAGGUUAAAUCCGGACUUGAAUAGAUUAAAUCCGGAUUUGGCUCAAAUGUACCAGCCGGAUGUAAAUGAGUUGGCUAGGAUGCAGGCAGAGAUGCAUAUAUCGCCGGAAGCCAGGUUCAAUACCCUGAGGGGUCACUUGGUUCCGUAUAGGUCGUGUCAGAGAUCCUUGGGCAUGAGUGCAGGGAACCUUCAUAGGGAUUGCAGGAUGGAGGAAAAUGUGGCUAUAGAAUGCUUGCACCAGAAGAGCGCUAGUAAAGUUUCAGACCAGAGUUCGGAUUCAUGCCAAAAGCAAGGGAAGGAGAACCUUGGCUUCCAAAAUGACAAACAUUCGCCUAUAAGGUCUUCGAUGCAAGACUGUCAUAGAGGAGCGAAUCAGAAUGCCGAGUCUGAGGUAUACUUCGCUGAUGUAUCCAGUUGCUGUAACGUUUCUGUGAAGGCCGAAUGCUGCAUGAAUCCCAACGUGUCUGCUCUAGUGGGCACCAUAGAGAACCACCCUGAAUCCACAUCUGAGUCAGACACUGGUUCCUUCACUCUAACAAGACAACAACGCCCUCAACCCCAAGUGGGGUCUAAAAGACGACCCAGACAGAACGAGAAACUGAAAAAUGAAAAACUACGCCAAGACCUGAAUCCUAUGCGACUGACCGAACAACAAAUUGAACAGCUGAACAAUUCCAUGAGAAUUUCCGAAAGAAUGAACGAUCCCAGAAUUGAGAGAGUGAAUGACACCAGACUCAGCGAUAGAAUGAACGAUUCGAGGAUCAGUGACCGGAUGAACGAGUCGAGGAUCAGUGAACGGAACGACCCAAGAAUGAGUGGAGUGAAUGAGUCCAGAUUGAGUGAUAGAAUGAACGAGUCGCGCAUUAGUGAACGAGUGAAUGAUUCGAGGAUUAGUGACCGUUUGAACGACUCACGAAUCAGCGACAGGAUGAAUGAAACUCGCUUGAGUGAGCGAAUGGAUUCCAGAGAUCGUCUCAAUGAUUCUAGAUUAGAACGAAUGAACGAGUCUCGAGACCGACUCAAUGAACGGAGCGAGAGAGUGAAUGAGUGUAGAAUCAGCGAUAGAUUCAAUGAAACUCGAAUGAGUGAACGCGGCAGCGAUUCCAGAGACCGUCUCAACGAGAGAAUGGAGCGAUUGAGUGACGCCAGAUCGAAUGAUUCCAGACUGAAUGACUCCAGGCUGAGUGAUUCCAGAAUGAACGAUUCCAGGAUUGAGCGGAUUGAAGACAGAAGGAUGUCUGACUUGAAUUCUAGCAUAAGACUCGAGGGUAGUCCUAAAAUGCGGGCUCACAUGAGUCCCUUGCGGAUUCAAAGGUCGAGCCCUAAGAAUCUGCCCAAAGAACACCCUAGGCAGUCCAGUUCCGACUCCGGCAAGCCAGACUUUUACGUGCCACCGCCGAUCAACCUAUCGCCCUUAUCUCCAAACACUGAAGAGUCAUUAUUGUCUGACGAGGAAGAGAGAAGGCCUGACCAAGUGUACUCUAACGAUCCAGAAACUUCCAAAUGCCUCGGUCCUGAUUCCCAGUAUGAACCAAUCAGGGAGGAGAAGGAAGAAAUAUUGAAGACGAACCACCAUCAUUGCUACAGCGACACCAAUACAAUGGAUUCAGGCUGGCAGAGUGGCUCUGAAAAACAAGUCACAGAUUGAGUAAGUGACUUUUAAGUUGAAAUUUCUUUUACUUGAGUUCAAUUUUUGAUCGUCUUUCGACCUUAAGACAAGGCAAUAAGCAGCACAAUUGCUUGACAUUUGACAUUAUUUACAUUGUAUUUUAAACUUUAUUGUCUUAAGGUCUUGAGGCAGAUUUUGAAUAACACACUGCCGUUACUACAGUAAUUUUUGUAGAAUUUGAAGUAUAAUAUAAGACGAAGACACUACCUAAAUUGAGUAUUAAACUAUUUAAAUCGGUCAUGUGUUCCCGUAGAGUUUGUUCUAAGAAAGUAAGUGAUCAGAGACAAGGAAUUCGAUAAAUUAAUGUCAAGUAAUUUCAAUUAUUUAAAAUUUUGCUCUCUAGAAAUUUUUCAUGUUUUAUUUUACUCAAGUUUACAAUUUUUAUUGAUUAAUUGUCAAUUUGCCACUAUUCGUCACAAAGUAAGUGGCAUAUUAAAAGUAAACUCGUCAUAAACGGGAACCGUAACUAUAGUCUGGUCUGUGAGCACGUAGAAUUUUGUCCAAUGACCCCAAGCUGCCCAUCCUUACCGCUCGCGC